AUGCUGUGCUGCUGCACAGCAGAUGACAAGGCUCCCCCAGGCCUGGAAUUUGAGGAAAGACUGCCAGCGCCGAGGCCCUUCAUUCAAACAGCUCCAGCUUUUAGACCAGACUCGAUACCCGAUGUCUUCUUGGUUUCCGUGUCAACGGAAAGCAGACCCCUGGGUAUUGUCUUGGACGUGACCAACCCGGAGUGUGCUGUUGUCAAGGACAUCGGCGAAGGAAGUGUUCGGGACUGGAACCAGGAAUGCUCCGAAGACAAAACCGUGAUGCUUCUGGACCGGGUGCUGGAAGUGAACGGAGUUCGUGGAUCGAGCAUAGAGCUAGCGAAAGCUCUUGGAAAUCCAGAUACGCAGGAGUUCUCGAUUACAAUGCAGCGACCGGAGGAGAGAAGAGUAUCACUACGGCGGCCAGGGGAAAUCGGCCUCAUCAUCAACUACAAGCGAGUUGGCGCUGUUGCCCCAUGGAUUUCUAAGAUAACUCCCGGCCUUGUAAGCCAAUGGAACGAGAGCAUGCCGGAUCAGGCCGUGCACGUUCAUGACCGCAUCAUCGGAGUCAACGGUGAAGCGGGCACCACCGAAGAGUUGUUGGCAAGAAUUCGUGCGAACAACCAAGGGAUGCUUGAGCUCACCGUGCUGCACUAUGCCGUUUGA